AUGAUACCGAAAUGGAGACGGCAAAUAACAAAAUUAUUUUUAAUACCUCAGCGGUAUGUUCUCGGAAUCAUGGGGCUCUUGGCGGUUUGCAACGCAUACACCAUGCGAGUUUGUUUAAAUUUGGCUGUUACACAGAUGGUCAAUAAUACCAAGAAUGAGGAAUCGCACUUCGAUCCUGACGCCUGUCCUGACGAGAGCGAGAUCUUCGUCAAUGGAACUGUUACCUUGAAACCACAUGCAAUAUUUGACUGGUCCGAAUCAACGCAGGGGUUGAUUCUGAGUGGUUUCUAUUAUGGAUAUGCUAUUACACAUGUUCCGGGGGGUUAUUUAGCGGAACGGUACGGUGGAAAAUGGACAUUAGGAAUUGGCCUCCUGAGUACAGCUAUUUUUACUCUCCUAACACCAAUUGUUGUGAAAGCUGGAGGAGCGACAUGGUUAUUCAUACUUCGUGUUCUACAAGGGAUGGGAGAGGGUCCGACAAUGCCAGCCCUGAUGAUAGUUCUAGCUAGAUGGGUUCCUCCACACGAGCGCUCACGUCAAGGUGCUGUCGUCUUUGGUGGUGCUCAGAUUGGUAAUAUCUUCGGUUCCUUCAUGUCUGGGUUCCUAAUGGCGGGUGGAGGCGACUGGGCUAAUGUAUUUUACUUCUUUGGCUGUUUUGGAAUUCUCUGGUUUGUUGCUUGGAGCAUAUUCUGCUACAGUACUCCAAACACGCAUCCAUUUAUAUCUGAAGAAGAAUUGAAAUACCUCAACGAGACCGUCACGAGCGCUGAAACAUCUAGUGUAAGGGAUCCCGUACCUUGGAAAGCUAUUGUACGUUCGGUUCCAGUGUGGGCUCUUUUGUUUGCUGCGGUGGGACAUGAUUGGGGAUAUUACACUAUGGUGACAGAUUUACCGAAGUAUAUGACUGAUGUCUUAAAGUUCAAUAUUGCUACAACGGGUACUCUCACCGCGAUCCCAUAUUUGGCUAUGUGGAUAAGUGCCUUCAUAUUCGGCUGGGUUUGUGAUGUAUGUGUUCAAAGGAACUGGCAUUCCAUUAAAACUGGAAGGAUAAUUCAUACAACAAUAGCGGCCACUGGACCCGCAAUUUGUAUAAUUCUAGCGUCAUAUGCCGGAUGCGAUCGUUUUGCUGCUGUUGCAUACUUUAUAGCCUCCAUGGCUCUUAUGGGAGGUUUCUAUAGUGGGAUGAAGGUGAAUGCUCUUGACCUGGCGCCCAAUUAUGCGGGUUCCUUGACUGCAAUGAUUAAUGGCACUUCAACAAUAUCUGGCAUCAUCACACCGUAUCUGAUAGGCCUUUUAACUCCUGAUUCGACAUUGAAGCAAUGGCGAGUCGCUUUCUGGGUAUGUUUUGCGGUUCUCGUUGGCACUAAUGUGAUAUAUAAUAUCUGGGCUGAUGGCAAGCAGCAAUGGUGGGAUGAUGUCAGACAAUAUGGUUACCCCGAAAAUUGGAAACACGGUCCACUUAAGAUGGCUAGUAAAGAUAGUGAAAAAAAUAAGAAGAAAGAAGCUCAAGGAACUGCACUUUAG